AGCAGUUAAAUUUUGAAGUGUCAGAAAUGGCUGAACUUAGAAGAUAGUGUUUCAAAAAUUUUCAUGUCCCUUUUGUUAUUAGGAUGCUCCAAAUAUGAGAUGUUAAUACUGACUAUCUUGCUCUUGUUCAUUUAGCAGGCUAAACAGAUUGUACAAAUUUCUACUUUAGCUUUUAACAUACGAUUUGCAUUUUCUGUCUCCCAAAUAUCUGCAUGUCCUAAGGUAUAUUGCCUCUGUAUUAAUAAUAUGGAACAUCCUCAAUGUGUGCAUGUCCUAUGGUAUAUUGCCUCUUUAUUAAUCAUAUGAAACACCUCAAAGUAAAGGCUUUGUCAGUAAACCUCAGGCUUAAGAAAUUAGCAUUAUCUUUUUACUUGCAGAGCUCACUGGUUGAUCUCCCGUUGAAGAACUACUACAGAUAUGUUAUACCAACAUUGGAUGACUUUAGUAGUACAGAUUACACCAUUUAUGGUCCCAAAGCAUUUUUCGCUAAUAUGCCACCUUCUAAGACGCUGACUAUGAAUCUUGAUGUUCCCGAGCCUUGGCUUGUUGAGCCUGUUGUUGCCAUCCAUGACCUAGAUAAUAUAUUGCUUGAAAACCUAGGAGAGACUAGGACACUGCAAGCAGUGUAUGAACUAGAAGCACUUGUCCUAACAGGUCACUGCUCCGAGAAGGAUCAUGAGCCUCCUCGAGGCCUUCAGCUGAUCCUUGGCACUAAGAGUACACCGCACUUGGUUGACACACUUGUCAUGGCCAAUUUGGGUUAUUGGCAAAUGAAAGCGUUUCCUGGAGUUUGGUACCUGCAGCUUGCUCCAGGGAGAAGCUCAGAGCUUUAUGCUUUGAAGGAAGAUGGUGAUGGUGGUCAAGAGACAACUUUGUCAAAACGGAUCACUANCCAUGGCGCCCUUCUUCCUCCCGUCGUGAUGUCGGAGAUCGUUGUGGUGAGGUACGGACGGACAGGACAGAACCUUCCUACGGGUAGAUAUAGUUCGGUCGGAGCGGCUAAAAGCCACAGAUCUACCGGAACCCUCCUCGACCGAAGGGACGGGCUGCAAGGUACUGCUCUGAUACGAGCGACGACGCGGUCCGCCGACGAAAGCUAA